AUGUCGUCUUCUCAUCAUCGUCAUCAUCACCAUGAUCUGAUUCAUCAUUCUGAUCAAUCAAAACAAGAACAACAAGAACAACAACCACCUGCAAUCACAGAAGAUAAACACACCUUGCGCAAACUCCGAAAAGAGCAAAAACAACAAGCAAAAAAGUUGAAAAAGCAAACCAUCGGAGGAAAGGAAGAACGAAAGGAAUGGUUUGAACAUCGGACACGAGAGAAGUUUGAUAAAUUAUUAUUGAAAAACUCUUCACGAUCAUCACGAGAGAGUUUAAUGAUGACUCAAACUAGUUUUACAAAUCAGAGAGGACGAAUGAGUGAAUUAGAAUCAUCAUCACAACGAGUGCAUGAAUCAUCAUGUGUGGAUCCAACUUUAUAUUAUAAAGAAACCUUUUGGCAAGAUCCUUGGUUGAGGCGAUAA